GGUGGCGGGACUCCUUGAUAACUUACUGGUCAUGGUUUCAUACUGUAUAUCUCAUCAAGCAUACUUGAAGAUUUUCUUUCAUGCAGCCAAAUAUCCUCAUCAGCCUGUCAAUGGCGUUCUGCUGGGAAAGCCGUCGUCUAGCCAAAUUUUGAUCGAAGACACAAUACCUUUACUUCAUCAUUGGACGAGUCUCAGUCCUAUGAUGGAAAUUGGCCUCGAUCUUGCAAAAGGUCAUGCAGAAUCUGUAGGUCUCACUCUAGUGGGCUAUUACCAAGCUUGCGACAGGUUAGAUGAUACAGCUCUGGCACCCGUCGGAGAGAAAGUGGCUGGGAAAAUUGCAGAGACAUUCAAAGAAACCAUUGCUUUGGUGAUUGAUGGAACGAAAUUGGGCUCAGGCGAACCGGCGUUAAUUCCUUACCUGACGCAAAGCUCAACAUCAUCUUGGCGGCGGUACUCUUCUCAACCACCUGCUUUCAGUGCUGGUUCUGUGAUUACUCUGGAAAGGGACGACUCGCCAUCCCAAGCUGUACAACUUGUUCGCGAUAGCAAACUUCAUCAAAAGUUUGGCGAUUUCGAUGAUCACUUGGAGGAUGUUACCGUAGACUGGCUACGGAACAAAAGCUGUUUGGUCGGAAGUACGUGAAUAUACAUAUAUAUUGAAUCCCCAGGUAUUUUUACUGCAUCAUGUGCUUUCGCCCUGAGAUUUAAAUUUUGAUCCAA